AAAAAAACUCAAAAUGAUAACUUAAAUGGUGAAAAAUAUAACAAUUUUUUAAUUCAAAGUUUGAAGUAUUAUCGCAGAGAAAAGUAUUAGAUAAACCACUGUGAAGGCAUCGUCCGUUAUCAUAGUAUAAUAUGAUAAUAAUAAUUUCCCUUCGUCGUGAUAUAAAUUAAUAAAAAACGCGCGAAUUCAGCCUAUGUUCCGCGAACUGCGCACGGGCACACGCGCCGUGAUUUUGCCUUUGAAAAUUAAAAAUUAGAAAGCCAAGUGACUUGGUGUCAAACAUAAAGAUGGAGAAGAAAGGGAAGUUCCUGGGGCCGUCAUUGGCAACCCUGGACGAAGCUAUGCUUGCCACAGGUUUCGGCAUCUACAACAUCCUGCACAUGUUACUCAGUGGGCUGAUCCUCAUGGGCGUGAUCAUGCAGAGUCUCUCACUGGGCUACGUGCUGCCUGCAGCGCAGUGCGACCUGGACCUUAGUCUGCAGCAGAGAGGAUGGUUGGCGGCUAUACCUUUUUCGGCAAUCAUCCUCACCUCCUACUUCUGGGGUUGGCUUGCUGACACGAAAGGCCGUCGCUUCGUCAUGCUGUUCUCAAUGCUGAUAUCAGCUGUCUUCGCAGUGCUUGCCAGCUUCUCACCAGAGAUCAUAUCUUUUGCUAUACUGACGUUUACCUCUGCUGUAUUCAUGGCUGGUCCAUCAUCAGUGGUGUACACGUAUCUUGGUGAAUUCACAAACAUCCGCCAUAGAGACAAAAUCGUAGCUUUUGGCUCGUCCUUUGUUGGAAUAGGAACCGUUGUUCUACCAGCUGUCUCUUGGCUAAUCCUGCCCAUAGACAUCUCCCUGCCCAUAAAUUUCCUUAACAUCACCUAUCGUUCCUGGCGGUUACUGGUUAUCGCGUCCAACCUGCCCCUGGCUAUUGGCUUCGUGCUGCUGCUCUUCGCACCAGAGAGUCCUAAGUUCCUGAACGCGUGUGGAGACCAGGAAGGAUGCUUGAAGGUGCUGAAGCAGAUGUAUGCGGUGAAUAAGAGGAUGCCACAGGAUUCGUAUCCGGUGAAAGCGCUAGUAGAAGAGACACAAGCAGUAAAAGCGAUGGAGAGCACCAGUAUCACAAAUGUCCUCAAGUCGAUGCGCGACCAGACGGAGCCGCUGUUCAAGCCACCACUGCUGAAAUGGACCUUCCUUAUUUGCUUCAUACAGUUUGGAUUGUUUGGCACAACGAACGGAUUCUACGUAUGGUUCCCCACGAUACUCAAUUCAGUGGCUAAUCACGAAGGUAGCGAGACCAGAAUCUGCGAAAUCUUGAACGCUCAUCAGAAUGUGCCUAGCAAUGGCACUGAGGUCGUCUGUGACGACACAAUGAACACAGCCACCUUCGAGCUCUCCAUCUACAUAGGACUCGUGUUCUGCUCCAUGUACAUCAUUGUUGGCUUCCUCGUGGACUUCAUGGGCAAGAAGCUGAUCCUCAUAACCAUCCUCACUGGCACUGGGUUGUGUGGUAUUGGAGCUCAUCUCGCGCAUAGCCAGGUUGCGGUCGUGCUGUUCGCGAUCUUCCAAAUGUGUGGUGCUUGUAUUGGACUCACUAAUGCUGUUACUGUUGAGCUGUUUCCUACUAAGUACAGGGCGAUGGCAGUCUGUAUGUCAAUGAUGAUGGGCAGAGUGGGUUCCAUGGCUGGGUCUAACCUCAUCGGCAUGUUUCUCUCGACGAAUUGUGGCCUCAGCUUCUAUAUUUUUGGAGGACUUAUUAUUUCGUGUGCUCUUCUCUGCUUCACCCUGCCCGGUAAAGGCGAAAUAUCCCAGAAGAUAAUCAAAACGGAUCCGAUCAAGAACCAAACCCACGAACCGGCUUGAACCGGCGCAAACCGGAUCUGAAAUGGUCAAAACGAACGCUCAUAUGAGCCAAAAACUAUAAAAAAUUAAGGAAAAACUAACACUAAAACAUUAACUACUUUGUUGUGAAGAAAAGAGAGUUUGUUGUUGUGUUUCGCAAGCUUUAGUUUGAGUACAAAUUAUAUACCCAGCUUAUAAUCGAUGAAUUUAUAAAUUUUUAAUGUGAAUGUAUUUAUUCAAAUGUAUAUAACUAGAAAAUUUUAAUUUUAAGCAUAACUAACAUUAAUUUUAUUGAAAAUGAAUGUAAACUUGGAUAACCAUAGUAGCUUAUUUGAAUGUUAUGUAUUUUAAAUGUAUUCAAUUAUGUCAUAAUAAUUUAUGAUGGAAAAAAGGUGUAAGACUCAAUUUUACGCAUUGGUUCUAAAGAAUGAAGAUUGAAAGAAUUACAAUAUAUGUAUUUUGUGACUGUGAUAUUAAUAUACUUAAGUAACAUAAGAUAAAAUAAUAACUUAAUAAAAUGUAAAAAAUA